GGCUCCAGGGGGAGGCCAAAUAGGCAGUUGCCUAGGGCCUCUCAUGGGAGGGGCCUCACUUUUUAUUAAAUUGUAUAGUUUUAUAAGAAAAAAAAAUCAUAAUCUUUAGCAAAUUAAGAAAACAAGCCCAUUAGCCCAAACACAAAAUGACAAGGUCAUAACUGUAAAAUAAGAAUUAAAGAAUUGAAAAAACCCUAGUAAAGACCAAAGACUAAGAGAACCUGUUCUGCACUUCUCCUGUUUGUCGUCUACGGUCUACUCAUCUUUUUGAAAAAAAAGGUUUUGAGAGUUUUGAGAGAGAGUCAGAGAUUGAAAGAGAAGGGAAGCCACAGGUAAAUCACCUAUCAGAAAUUGUAAAUUGUUAUUUGUUUCUCUAAACCCUAAUUUCCUUUUUUCUGUUUUUUUUUUUCUGUUAGGUUUGCGCGUGAUUGGGAAAUCAUGACAGGUAAAAGAAAGUUCGAAUCGGGAAGUUCGAAGAGGAAGAAGAAAGAAAGACAAGAUAAACUCACACAAUCUCUCACGGGAUCUAUGAAUACGUAUGUAAAACCUACAAAUAUGCUGCCAAAUUUAACUGAGAGUGUGACUGCUGGUGAAAGUUUGCCUGAGAAUGUGAUUGUGAAUGCUGAAAAUUUGAGCUCCGUGAAUGUUGAUGAAAACUUGUCUGAGAAUGUGAUUGUGGAUAAUGAAAAUUUAAACCCUGUGAAUGCUUAUGAAAAUUUGACUGAGAGUGUUGUUGUGAAUGAUCAGACUCAUGUAAAUGACAAUUGCGAAGGGGAUGAAAUUGAAGAUUUGUUUGAUCCGGGAAAUUGGGAGAAAAAUAUGCCUCAAGGAAAAGUAGAUUUGUUAGUAGAGAAGGGCCCAAUAAGAGUUAGAGAUGUAGUGUAUCCGAUUAAUGCCCAAAAUAGAAGCUUUAGUGAUAAACACUACACCCGUUCUUUGCCAAAUGGAGAAAAACUUGAUAGGUCAUGGCUAGUAUACUCUCGGAAGAAUGAUAAGGUGUUUUGCUUUUGUUGUGUGUUAUUCAAUUUCAAAAGAGAGAGACUUGUGCCAAGUCCUUUAAUAACAGCAACUUUAGGGUAUAAUGACUGGAAAAAUAUUCAUUCGAGGCUUAGUGAGCAUGAAAAGAGUAGUGUUCACUUUGAUAGUUUAACAAACUGGAUGGAGGCAGAAACAAGGUUGAGAAAAAAAUUGACCAUUGAUUCUUCUAACCAAAAAGCCAUCGAGAAAGAGAAAAGGUAUUGGAGAGAAGUUUUGAAGAGAAUUAUGGGUGUUGUUAAAACUCUUGCUAGUAGUAAUUUGGCAUUUCGUGGCAGUAAUGAGAAACUCGAUGAUCAAAACAACGGAAACUUUUUAAGUAUAAUUCGAAUGAUUGCUGAUUUUGAUCCGAUAAUGGGAGAACACCUUAGGCGUAUUCCAAAAAAAGAGAUCCGUCGCGUCCAUUAUCUUGGUCAUAAUAUUCAGAAUGAGUUGAUACUUUUGUUGGCAGGUGAGAUUAAGAGCAAAAUCCUUGAUAUUGUCAAAGGGGCAAAAUAUUUUUCUGUAAUUCUUGAUUGUACUCCGGAUGUUAGUCAUGAAGAACAAAUGUCUCUUAUAUUGAGAUGUGUUGAUGUUUCCAAAAGUCCAAUAACAGUGGAAGAGUUCUUUAUUGGAUUUAUGAAAGUUGUUGAAACAUCAGGGGAUGCACUUUUCAAUGAACUUAAACAAGUUUUUGAAAUUUUAAAACUUGAUUUUAAUGACAUGAGAGGGCAAGGUUAUGAUAAUGGUUCUAACAUGAAAGGACAAUACAAAGGUGUAAGUAGUAGGGUAAUAAAAGAGUAUCCUAGAGCAUUUUACACUCCAUGUGGUUGUCAUUCUCUUAACCUUGCUCUUUGUGAUAUGGCCAUGAGUUCUGUUCAAGCUAAAUCAUUUUUUGGAGUGAUACAACGGAUUUAUAAAUUAUUCUCUGGUUCAACAAAGCGGUGGGAGGUCCUCAAAUCUUAUGUGAAGGGUCGCAAUGGGAAAGGGCUUACAUUAAAGUCAUGGUCGGAUACACGUUGGGAAAGCCGUGUUGCUAGUGUAAAGGCAGUAAGAUUUCAAGCUCCUCAAAUAAGAGAUGCAUUGCUUCAUCUAGUAAAACAUAGUGUUGAUGCGACAACAGCGAGUGAUGCGGGGUCUUUAGCAAAUUAUGAACUUCAAAACUUUGAUUUCCUUGUUGGCAUGGUGAUUUGGUUUGAAAUUUUGCAAAAAGUGAGUAAAGUUAGCAAGAUUCUCCAAGGAAAAGAUAUGAAUAUUGAAGACUGUAUAAAUCUCUUGCAAGGUCUCAUUCUUUUUUUGGAAGAGUACAGGAAUACCGGAUUUGAAAUUGCAAAGAGUGAAGCUGAAAAGAUUGCUUUGGAAAUGGGGGUUGAACCCACUUUUCGUGAAACCCGUGUUCGUCACAAAAAGAAGUUUUUUGAUGAGAAUACUAGGGAUGAACCAAUACAAGCAGUUGAAGAAUCUUUUCGAGUUAAUUAUUUUAUAAUAAUAAUUGAUAAUGCCCUUUCUUCACUCAAGACAAGAUUUGUGCAGUUUGAAAAAUAUGAAGGCAUUUUUGGGUUUUUAUUCAACUUGAGCAAGUUGAAAGUUGCAGAUGAUGAGAGUUUGAAGCAUUCAUGUGCUACACUUGAAGAUUUUUUGAAACAUGGGGAUGAUUAUGAUAUUGACGCACUUGAAUUAUUUUCAGAAUUGCAGUUGUUGAGAAAAUCAUUGUCGGAGAGGUUAACAAGACCAAUUGAAGUGUUGGAGUAUAUCAAAAAUUUGCGUCUUGCUUUUCUUAAUGCUUGGAUAGCUUAUAGGAUAAUAUUGACUGUACCAGUUACAGUAGCUACUGCAGAAAGAAGUUUCUCCAAGCUGAAGUUAAUAAAAAACUAUCUCUGA